GUGGCCACUGUUCCUAGUGGUGGAAGAAGAAGAAGAAGAGGUAGCCGAAAUGCCACGUUCAACGAGGGCACGAGGUAUCUUUCCCGUGGUAAUGUGUAACCUUGUCGUCACCACGUUCGUGGCGUCCUUUCUGACUGGCUACCUCUUGAGCAAGGCGCAAUUACACCGUCGAAGUUCUCCAGAAAGAUCUAACGGCGCACGCUUCGCCCGCGUCGGAUACAACGUACUGGGUGCCGACUACGUGAAAACACGUUGUGGUUACUUCGAGUCGCCGAUAGAGAAAUCAGAACCCACACCAGUGUGCCCGUUAUACCCGCCUCUUCUGACUGGUGUUUUGCGAAUCAUUCGAAGACCAGAGGAAAUGAAACUAUUAGAAGUGCUGUUCUCCGACGUGCAGCCCGGAGGUCGCUGGAUGCCGAAGCACUGUGUGGCUCGACAUCGCGUAGCCGUCGUAGUGCCAUAUCGUGACCGAGACAGCCACUUGCGUACGUUCCUGAACCAUAUGCACCAACUACUACGGAAACAAGAACUCGACUACGGCAUCUACGUUGUCGAGCAGAUGGGGAAAGGUGACUUCAACCGCGCGAAACUCUUCAACAUUGGUUUUGAGCUGGCGAAGGAGCUGUACGAUUACGACUGCUUUAUAUUCCACGACGUCGACCUCCUUCCAGAGACGGACCAUAACAUCUACGCUUGUACUGACCUACCCAGGCACAUGUCAACAUGUGUCCAGAAACUUGGCUAUAGGCUCGUGUACGAUAGUAUGUUUGGAGGAGUCUCGGCUGUCGGAAGAGAGCAAAUGGAGAGGGUGAAUGGCUAUUCUAAUAUCUACUGGGGUUGGGGAGCUGAAGACGACGACAUGUCUCGUCGACUUCGAUCGAGUGGACAUACCAUUCACCGUUACAGCUGCAGCAUAGGAAGGUAUGCUUCUCUGCAUCACACUGCGGUAGAGCCGAAUUCAGGAAGGGCUACCAUCCUGGAUAAGUGGGAUAGCCGCACUCGCAAGGAUGGCCUCAACAGCCUGAAGUACAAGAUUGUGGACACUGUGUUUAAAAAGCUCUACACAUUAUUUCAAGUGGACGUAUUGCAGGGAAGUCAUUUUCGUCGGAGUAGUCGAAGCGGUUUGACGGGUGCACCAAUAGUGCCCAAAUAUCGCAAUUCCAGUGUAUAGCCUGCUUCGAUCAACCUAUAUUAUACCUGAGGAGGCUUUGCAAUCUUGGAACAAUUUCGAAGACAUAUGGUUGGUUGUG